ACUAAACCUCAGACGUCAUCAGCGCGCGCCUGCUGUGUUGCUCGCGCCAUUCCUACAAGCGUGUGUGUUUCCAUCUCCCAUUACAUUACCAUUGGCAGAGCAGUAACAGCCGCUGUACAGCACAGAUUCUGUUUUUUAACCGUCGUUCUUUUAGAUAUCUAUCCAGCCAUGGAUAUGGACGGUGCCAGUUCAGUGGUGCUGCAGGCCUUAACCCAAGCUACCAGUCAGGACACAGCUGUGCUGAAACCUGCGGAGGAGCAGCUCCGACAGUGGGAGACGCAGCCAGGUUUCUACUCUGUCCUUCUGAAUAUCUUCAAUAACCACAUGCUCGACGUGAACGUCAGGUGGCUGGCUGUGCUGUACUUCAAAAACGGCAUUGACAGAUACUGGAGGAGAGUAGCGCCUCAUGCUUUAUCAGAAGAGGAGAAGACAUCGUUGCGUGCUGGCCUCAUCACAAACUUCAAUGAGCCUGUCAAUCAGAUAGCGACCCAGAUUGCAGUACUGAUAGCCAAGGUGGCCCGUCUGGACUGCCCCAGGCAAUGGCCAGAGCUCAUUCCCAUUCUUCUCGAGUCCGUGAAGGGUCAGGACGGCUUGCAGCAGCACAGGGCACUGCUAACCUUCUAUCAUGUCACCAAAACCCUCGCGUCCAAACGUCUGGCGCAGGACAGACGACUCUUCCAGGAUCUGGCGUCUGGAAUCUACAGCUUUGCGUGCUCCCUGUGGAGCCAUCACACCGACUGCUUCCUCCAGCAGAUCUAUGCCAGAGAUGAGGCUGGAGCGCUCGGCUCACUGGAGAGGACGCUGCUCUCUCUCAAAGUGCUUCGCAAGUUGACAGUCUUUGGAUUUCAAGAGCCACAACAGAAUAUGGAAGUGAUGGGUUUCCUGAAUGCAGUGUUUGAGAGGCUAAAACAGUUCUUGGAAUGCUGUCGGCAGGUUGGUCCAGACAGCACAUGUCGAGAAAAGCUGGAGAAGAUAAUCAUACUGUACACUAAAGUUUUGUUAGAUUUCCUGGAGUACCAUCCGUGUGCAUUUAUACCCCUAAUCCAGCGUUCCCUGGAGUUUGCCGUCAGCUACCUAUUUACACCUGCAGGGGAGGGAGUGACAUUUGAACGCUUUAUCGUUCAGUGCAUGAACCUCAUCAAGAUCAUUGUUAAGAAUGAUGCCUACAAACCCUGCAAGAACCUCGAGGACAGUAAACCAGAGAGUCUGGAGGCUCACAAGAUUAAGACGGCAUUCUUUACACACCCCACACUGACCGAGAUUGGACGCCGGCUCGUCUCACACUACUUCCUUCUCACAGAGGAAGAGCUGGCAAUGUGGGAAGAGGACCCAGAGAGCUUUGCUGUUGAAGAAACAGGCGGUGACUCUUGGAAAUACAGUUUACGGCCCUGUACAGAAGUAUUGUUCCUGGAUAUCUUCCACAACUACAACCAGACACUGAUCCUUAAAAUCGCUUCUUGGGGGGCGCAAUUUGGGCCUCACAGAUACAAGUUGAUUCGCCGCCGCGUCAUCUGGCUAAUAGGACAGUGGAUCUCGGUCAAGUUCAAAUCUGACCUUCGACCUUUACUCUACGAGGUCAUCCUGAGCCUCAUGCAGGAUCCCGACUUGGUGGUGCGGAUUGAGACAGCUACAACCCUGAAGCUCACUGUUGAUGACUUUGAGUUCCGAACAGAGCAAUUCCUCCCUUACCUCGAGUCUAUCUUCGGGCUGCUCUUUCAGUUGUUGCAGCAGGUGACAGAGUGUGACACUAAAAUGCAGGUGCUCCAUGUCAUCUCCUGUGUCAUCGAGAGAGUCAACAUCCAGAUUCGGCCAUACGUAGGCUGUCUGGUGCAGUACCUGCCCCUGCUCUGGAAGCAGUCUGAAGACCACAACAUGCUACGAUGUGCCAUCCUCACUACACUCAUUCACCUGGUGCAGGGCCUGGGGGCAGAGUCUAAGAAUCUGUACCCUUUCCUUCUUCCUGUCAUCCAGCUGAGCACCGAUGUUUCCCAGCCGCCACAUGUGUAUUUACUGGAGGAUGGACUGGAGCUUUGGUUGGUGACUUUGGAGAACAGCCCAGCCAUCACCCCGGAGCUGCUCAGAAUUUUCCAGAACAUGUCAGCUUUGCUGGAGUUGAGCUCCGAGAACCUGCGCACCUGCUUUCAGAUUGUAAAUGCCUACUUAUAUUUGUCUGCCACAGACUUUCUUCAGAACUAUGCAGAGUCAUUGUGUCGAGCUUUCUGCAGUCUGCUGAAAGACAUCACGAAUGAGGGACAGGUCCAAGUGCUCAAGGUGGUGGAGAUAGCUUUAAAGGUUAGCCCCAUACUGGGAGCCCACAUGUUCCAGCCCCUGCUGCCACCUGUCUUCAGAGGUAUUGUGGACGGCGAGAGAUAUCCCGUGGUGAUGUCGACCUACCUAGGAAUCAUGGGCCGCAUCCUUCUCCAGAACUCCAGUUUCUUCUCCUCACUGCUCACUCAAAUGGCUUCUGAGUGCAGCCAGAAGAUGGACCAGUUGUUGGGCAGUGUUAUAGAGAUGUGGGUCGACCGCAUGGACAACAUCACUCAGCCAGAGAGGAGGAAGCUAUCGUCGCUGGCUCUGCUUUCCCUCCUACCAUCUGACAACAGUGUGAUCCAGGACAAGUUCUGUGGCAUCAUCAACAUCUCCGUCGAGGCACUGCAUGAUGUCAUGACAGAAGAUUCUGAAACAGGCACCUUCAAAGAUUGCAUGCUGAUGAGCCAUUUUGAGGAGCCCAAGCUGAGUGACGAUGAAGAGCCACCAACUGAGCAGGACAAGAGGAAGAAACUGUUGGCUUUGGAGGACCCGGUGCACAGUGUUUCCCUCCAGCAGUUUGUCUAUGAGAAGCUGAAGGCGCAGCAGGCCAUGAUGGGGGACCAGGGCUUCGGGGUCCUGAUGGAGACCGUGGACACAGAGCUCGUCAGGCAGCUCCAGGAGUUCCUCCAAGGCCUUUGAAUCACCUCUACAAUUCUUCACUACCUUACAGAACCAUCUCCGCCUGUUUUUGAAAAUGUACACGAAAGGCUAAGAAUCUGCCCAACGUGUGGACAACCCCCCCCCCCCCCCCCUCCCAGCCGCUACCCAUGCUUUGCCUUAUCAAUAUUCAGACCUAGCCUUGUCGACUGUCCUCAGAUAACACCCCUCGUCCCUUUCUCUAGUUUUUGAUUCCUUUACAUCCUUUUUUGUUUUUUACUAAGAUGGGUUUUAAGUGGGUACUUUAAAAUGUGAAAGUACCAUCACACCUACAUAAAAACAUCACCACACUAGAGCUUCCACUCAAUUAUUGUAGUUUCUUCUCUUUCUGUGGUUUUAAGGUGGAAUGGGUAGAAAAUUGGACGGAUGGUGUAAAAGUUGGGGUUUUGAGGAGGAUAUACUGUUCCCUGCAGGUGCCAGAGCAGGAGCCUCAGACUAUUUUCUAUGGAGAAACAUAGCAGAAAUGUGCAUAAACCGUACCUAAAGGACCUAAAGCAGUGUUUACAGAAUCUAUUCUUAAAAAGAGAAAAAAAAGAAAUGUAAAUUUUUUUAUGUAUGUAAAGUAUGGAUGAUAUUCUGCAUUUCAAUAUUUUAGUUUGUUUUUAGUUUGUGUUAAUUUCUCUUCCAUUUAAAGAUAAUAAUUUUGUCCUAACCAGAGGUCAAGUUGAAGUAACUACUGAAAGAACUCAUGAGUGUUUUUCUUUCUUUUUGAGUUGAGUUAGAGGGACAUUUUGUUGACUGUAAAAUGGGUGAUUUUUAAAUGGUUGAUUGCUGAACCACAUUUAUAUGUGCAUACAUACUGCUGCUAUUUGAUGGUGUGUUGGAGCACUUUAAUAACCAAAAACUGUUUCAUCUGUUUUCAUCUUUUUCUCAUUGGUAUCUUCUCACAUAACAGUGGUAGAACGCCUCGGAGCAGCGCAGCAGGAUUAUGCAAAUUACGCUUUAGUUGCAUUAAGACCCCCCCGUCUUAAACUGUUGCCAUAUUUCAGGUCUCAAUAACUUGUACAAAAUAGACAUAACAUAACAUUAGACUGUGUCUUCACUAUUUAAUUUGAUGAAGUCUGACCUAGGUAGCUGUUAAAGAAGUCCCAUUGUGAGCCACUACAACUUUAUGAGUCAAAAUACAUUGUAUAUGUCCUGCUGCCCUGCCAGUUCCACCAAUUGGUUAGGACUUUUUAGUGGUAGAAAUUAAGCUUUGAUCUAUUUGAUUUGACAGAACAACCAGUUCUCCAGUCAUUUUUUCACAGAACAAUUGAUUAUUUGGACAUUUGGCAAACCUAUACAGUAUUAUAUAAAAAAAAAGACUUAAUAUUGCCUUUAAAAGUGCACUCUGAGUUCCUGCAUGCUCACUUCUGUUGACGCUUCAAGUCAAUUCAAAACACACAGAUCCUCUAGAGUUUUUGAUACUGUUUCCAAAAAGUAAUUUCAAGCAUAUUAGACCACUAUUGCACUUGCAUGAAGUUUAAAAACAUGUUUCUGUAACUUUAAUGACUAACUGUCAGUGACCCCCAUACCCUCCCCCAUCCAUCUUGUCGGUGAUUGGCUGGAGUGUUUUUUUUGUGUGUGUGUGUGUGUGUUUUUUGGGGCUUUUCCCCCUUUAUUUCAGAGUGACAGUGGAUAGACAGGAAAGGUGGGAGAGAGAUGGGGGAUGACACGCAGCAAAGGGCCGCAGGUCGGACUCGAACCCCGGGCCACUGCAGAGGACUCAGCCUACAUGGGGCCCACGCUGUUACUCGGUGAGCUAGAGGUUGUCCCUUGAGUGUUUUGUUGUAUUUCCUGCACAGGCUGUGCCUCUAGUGUUUGACCUUCACAACCCCUGUGUUGUCUCCCAAGACCGGGCUUUUUAUCACAGUGUAUUCAGGGGGCAGGCAGCUAGCGGAUCAAGGAGAGAUGCCAACGAUUUGAGAUAAAAGUUAAAUUGCGCUGAAACCAUGCAGGAACUCAUAGGGCACCUUUUAAUAGUUGAAAAAGAAAUCUCUAUACAUAAACCUGUUUAAUGCAGAAUCCAGAUGGGGUCGUAUAAAAAGUAUCUAUUGUUUUCAGUGAAAAAUGUAAUUUACUUUGGGUUACACUGCCUUUAUAAUCCAUUCUUCUGGAAUUUAUGGAUAAAUGUGGUUUUAUUUGCUCUAGUUAGGUUGGUCAACUUCCCUGGGAAGGAGAUCAUCUUGACACUGUGAUAGAGUUGAGUAGCAGUCAGAAUAACGGCCUUAUGCUUUCAGCCUUACCUAUCCUUGAAACUAAAAAAAACUUUACUAUUAUGUUAAUUUCUUAACUAGUGUAAACAGUAGAUGAUUUCUGUCCUCCUAUUCUGUUAAUGACCGCAAUUAUGAAGUUAAGAAUGUAACUCGAAACACACUAAAGAGAUGUUUUUGGGGUUAUACGUUUGGUUACGCUUUGAUGGGAAAUAAUCCUUGUUGCUUUUUCCAAAGCGUUCAAUAAAAUGCAGUAAUCAGCCAAAA